AUGAUGCAGGUUCUCCUGCGCUACUUCGAUGCUCUCAUGCACUUCGAGAGGCCUGAGAUCUUCCAGGCCGCGUGGUCAAAAUCGAUCGCGCUGCAAGCGCAAAAGAAGCACAAGGAUUAUUGGGUUUGGAGCAACCAGCCUGGCCGGCCCUCGGAGAUACAUCGUCGCUGCUGUCGCUUCGCAAUCAAGUGCUGUCGAGCUUGGUUCCGGCAGAGUCCCUUUGCUGUGUCUCAGCUCGUCCGGAAUUUGGCAGCCUUCUGCGUGGACUCAUCGAGCAGCAUCCACAGGCCAUGUCAGCACUUCUUUCUCAUCUUGAUGAAUGAAGCCCUGAACAUGGAACGCGGGAACAGCUUCAAGGACACUGUUCUGCAAGAGACCCUGAAAAUUAUGCUCAAGCGCCCUGACUCAGCAGUGGCAAUCAACUUCUCGCGCCGACUGGCGUGCGACGACUCGAUCGAUUUGGAUGGCUUGGCGAUUCCCGCCAUGGAGCAGCUGGCAGCGCUCGAAUCGAAGGCCCGCGUCCCUGGCUGCAGAAAGGAUGCGGCCGACGUGCUUUAUCGCUGGCGGAGUGGCGUUUCCAGCUACGAUGGAAGCCGGUCGUUCCAAGGCUGGUGCUUGAGCUGGGCAUCGUUUCUGGGUUGA